AUGACGGCUUGCUUUGUGAUCACAAAGUUAAAAGGUUGUGGCAUUAUUGACAUUGUUGAUCAAUUAUCGAAAAUGAAUAGAGAGAACCUUAAACAUAUAUUUAAAGAUAGAUUAGGUUUGGUUAUCAAUUCCAAUUUGGAUGAUAUCAAAUUAACAGAGAAUGAAAGAAACCAACUAUUACCAAUCGAUAUUACAAUGUCAGUAGAAUCAUUCAGAUGGAAUAGUGUUCAACCAGGGGAUAAAAAAGCAAGUAAUAGCGGAGGUGGAGGAGGUACCGCUUCCAAUAUUGUAAUGCAUGACGAUUUAUCUCAAAUGGAUUCUAUUGGAAUUUUCAAGAAUUUUAGUAAUAUUGAAUCUGCCCAGCUUGGUACUACCUUGGAAUGUGAUAGAUUCCAUCGAUCGGCCAAAUUAUUAUUGAUAUCAUGGAUUACAUCAUUUACUUUACCAUUUUUAAUCAAUAUUCUACCAAUUGCCGCACUGAUUUUCCAUAAUGCUCCACCUUUAAAUGAUGAUGCUGUACCAAGUUUCGAAUAUAUUACUUCGAUCAUAUCGGUAAGAUUGCUAUUUGCAAUUGAAUCCUAUAUGAAAUUAUCGCCAGCUGUACUUGCCAUUCUUCCUGCAUUGGCCAAAGGUUGUACUUCGAUAAAGACUCUGUUGCCACAGUCCCCAGUUCUUGGUUUCCUCAUCAAAGGACUACGUCUUAUUAGUGUUCCCAUCAUGCUUGGCCCAAUUAUCUUUUUCUACCAAAUCGUUUGUGACUUUAUAGUAUUUGUUGCCAUUAUUCUCUUUAUCGUAGCCAAUAUGGUAUUUAUCAUCGUACCAUUCAAAGGUUUAAAUAUUACAAAACCCUUUAAAAGUGGUAAAGAAGUUGCAGAACGUUUAAAAACAAUAAGUAGAAUAUCUAUGGCUUUUUAUAUACUUGCAGGAUUAUGUUUAAUUGGCUAUUUUUUGAACUUGGCCUUUACCUUUAUUGGUCAAGACAGGUUGGCAAGAAUUAAAUGGAGUAGUUUAACAAACUUUAUACCUUUCCCAAAUCCAGUGUCCUUGGCUAAAUUUGUAUUUGAUUUCUUAGUAAAGUACUUUAUAGCAUCAGUUACAUUUUGUGAUUUAAUGUUAUGGAUUCUUCAAAAGAUUCACAUCUACACAAGAGAUUACCAAGACUUGAUGGGUACCUAUAAUGAUGUAAUGGAAAACUCAUUAUAUAAAGUAAUGCCAAAGACCAAAAAAUCAUCAACUCGCCAAAUGGUUGAAAUCAAAUAA